AUGGAAGACACGAUACGUCCAUUAAAUUACGCAGAUAUCGAGACCAGCGGGCCCAUAAACCUUCUUGAGACAACUAAUAACCUAAAAAGCUCGUUAAAAAAGUUUUCACAAAAGGCAAAGGGAUCACACAUUUCCAGAGAAAGGAUUCACCAUUUUAGAAAAUGGAAAAAUAAGACCGAAUCACUUUCAGAAAACCAUUUGAAGCCUCCUCCUGACGUCGACUCUCUAUGUUUCAGUAACUGCUUUCAACCUGACGCCCUGUCUGGAAAUGUAUUUUUACCCCCCAGAAGCUCAAACAUGUAUUGGAAUGAAAAGCAAUUACAAUUAGAAAUGGAAAUUCUAAAAUUUUUAUCACUAAAUACUAGCAAUGAAUGCUGCACUUCUGAUGAUUAG